ACCCAAUUCCUUCUCUUCGCUUGUUUGCUCAUAUACUUAAUCGUUGUAAUACAUCAUGCCACGAGCAGCCAAGAAGACGGGCGCUGCCCUCCUGGCAGAAUUGCGGGCCAAUCGUGCCGCUGGCAAGACGCGCAUGUCCACAUAUGAGGUUGCUGAAGAAGAGCAAUUAUAUGACGAGGUCGACGAAGAGGGAUACAAGAAGAUUGUGCGGGGCAGAUUGGAUGAGGACGACUUUGUGGUUGGCGACGAGGGCGAGGGAUAUGUCGACGACGGCAGAGAAGAGUGGGACGAUGAUCAGGGUCGAUACCGCUAUGCUGGGACUGAGAGCGAGGACGAAGACGAGCGACCCGCCAAGGGGAAAGCAGCCAAGCGUAAACGCGAAGAAGAUGAGGAAAAACGGAAGAAGAUUGACAAUGGUAUCAGCAAAUACUUUAGCGCAAAGAAUGCUGCCAUGGCACCAAAAUCCAAGCCUGUUGCUACUGCCGCAGACAAAGACUUUAUGGAUGAUCUGCUGGGUGAAAUAGAUACGAACCCUACCCUUACCUCUACGAUCCGAACACGACCCAUCAAAACCGAAGCAAGACGCAAAACUCGCCUACUGUCGCCUCCCAUAUCUGAGAGCCGCCCAGCAGCGACGAAGCGACGGACGAAUGACUCGGACAGUCACAUGCCAGGUACACCGCCAGCAGAAGCUGCUGAGGCAGACGAUGACGGCCUUCCAAUAUUCCACGACGACGUUCCUAUGAGCGACCCUCCACUACAAUCAUCCCCCGUCGCAAAGGCUGUCGAGCGGAGAACACAGCCUGGAGUUAAGAUUGAGGAAGAAGAAGACGAUCUAAUGGAAAUCUCCGAGCCUACAGGCCAGCUCGGCGCCCCCGUUGCCAGCGUCAAUAUGGCCGGCCGGCGGCCGAUAGCAAAGAUCAAACAGGAGAACGUUCCUACGCCCGCUGGGUCUUCACCUACUAAACCGUCUGCAACGAACAUCGAUGCUUCUUCUUGGAAUGACGUCACAAGCAACCUCAAUGUCAUGAGCAGUCCCGCUCCACAGACUGCAGGAGCCGGAAAAUUGCAGCCACAGGAUGCUCUAGAAGAGGAUGGUAGCUUGCGCAUGUUCUGGAUUGACUACACUGAAUUGAACGGCAGCCUAUGCUUAUUCGGCAAAGUUAAGGAUCGGAAGUCGGGCAACUAUGUCAGUUGCUUUCUGAAAAUCGACAACAUCCUACGAAAGCUGUAUUUCUUGCCCAGGGAAUACCGUCAAGUCAGAGGGGUAACUACUGAUGAAGAAAUUGAGCUAAGUGACGUGUCAGACGAGGUGGAUUCGAUUAUGAGCAAGCAUCGGGUCAACCUACACAAGAUCAAGCCAUGUACAAGAAAGUACGCUUUCGAGUUGGCUGACAUCCCUAAAGAGGCAGACUACCUCAAACUUCUUUACGGUUACGAUAAGAUGCCUCUGUCUACUGAUUUAACAGGAGAGACAUUCUCGCACGUCUUUGGAACCAACACAUCCCUCUUUGAGCAGUUCGUUUUGUGGAAGAACAUCAUGGGGCCAUGCUGGCUGAAGAUAGAUGCGCCUGACUUUGGUCCAGUUGCCAAUGCUUCCUGGUGCAAACUCGAGGCUCAAGUUGUCAAGCCCAACAACAUCACGGUCUUGAGUGCUUCGGACAACCUCGAUGCGCCUCCCAUGACACUUAUGAGUCUUUCUCUUCGGACCACGUUCAACGCCAAGGACAACAAGCAGGAGAUCCUGAUGGCCAGCGCCAUGAUUUACGACAAUUUCUCGUUGACCGACACCACGCCCGUGGACCAGAUGCAAUGCAAAAGUUUUACCAUUAUGCGGCCGAACGGACCUGCUUUCCCCAUCGGCUUUCAGGGCGAAGUCGAGAAGAUCAAGGGUAAUAUGUACCUGAAGAAGACUGAGCAAGAACUUCUCAGCCUUUUAAUGGCCAUGUUUCAACGGCACGACCCCGAUGUCCUUGUCGGUCAUCGUCUGGACGAUGUAGAUUACAGUGUCCUGCUGAAUCGUCUACGCGAAAAGAAAACACCUGGAUGGCACCGCAUUGGGCGCCUCAAGAGGAGUGACUGGCCCAAGACUAUGGGUAAGGGUGGAGGCAGCUUCUUCGCUGAGAAGCAGUUGGCUUCUGGCCGCUUGCUGUGUGAUUUGGCUAAUGACAUGGGAAAGUCUCUCAUGCCCAAGUGUCAAUCGUGGAGUCUGGAAGAAAUGUGUCAGCUCGGUCUCAACAAGCGACGUGAAGAGCUCGACAAUGAGGCCGCUCUGAAGACUUGGGCAACAACAAAAGAUGGUCUCCUGAACUAUGUCAAACACUGCCAGGCUGAUGCUUACUUCAUCGCUGCCAUAGCAAUCAAGGUGCAGAUGCUCCCCCUCUCUAAGGUCCUGACCAACUUGGCUGGUAACUCUUGGGCUCGAACGCUAAGUGGAACUCGCGCCGAACGCAACGAAUACAUUUUGCUCCACGAGUUUUACAGAAACAAGUACAUCUGCCCGGACAAGCAGUGGGGCAAGAGCAAAGUCAAGGCAGAGGAAGAGGCGGCUGAGGGAGAAGAAGGUGCAGAUGCUAAGAAGAAGGACAAGUUCAAAGGUGGUCUCGUCUUCGAGCCUGAAAAGGGUCUCUAUGACAAGUUCAUCCUGGUCAUGGACUUCAACUCCCUUUAUCCCAGUAUUAUUCAGGAGUACAACAUUUGCUUCACGACAGUUGAGCGAUCUGACAUCUCGGAAGAUGACGACAAGGUGCCCGAAGUUCCUUCAGACCAAGACCAGGGUAUCUUACCACGCCUUAUUGCUACGCUUGUCUCUCGCCGUCGGGAGGUGAAGAAGCUUAUGAAGGCUAAAGAUGCCACUCCUGAUCAGCUGGCUACCUGGGAUAUCAAGCAAAUGGCUCUGAAACUCACCGCCAACUCUAUGUACGGAUGUUUGGGUUAUACCAAGUCUCGCUUCUACGCACGGCCGCUCGCAAUGCUCACCACAUACAAAGGUCGAGAGAUUUUACGAAAGACCAAGGAGAUGGCCGAGGAGAAGGCGCUUCGUGUCAUUUACGGUGAUACCGACUCAGUGAUGAUCAACACUAACGUCGACAACAUCCAGGAUGCGAUCAAACUGGGAAAUGAGUUCAAGAAAGAGGUCAACGACAGUUACAGGCUAUUGGAGAUUGACAUUGAUAACGUCUUCCGCCGAAUUUUGCUGCACGCAAAGAAGAAGUACGCUGCCAUCAAUAUGGUGCCUGUGGAUGGCAAAUACAUCGAGAAACUCGAAGUCAAGGGUCUCGACAUGAGGCGCAGAGAGUACUGCGCUCUCUCCAAGGAAACAUCGACGGAGCUACUCAACUUCCUUCUUAGUGGUGAGGACCCUGAAGUAGUCGUCGAGAAGAUUCACAAUCACCUCCGAGAGCUCAGCAAGCAAAUGCGUGAGUACGUCAUUCCGCCUCGGAAGUACACCAUCUACACGCAGCUCGGAAAGAACCCGAAGGAAUAUCCCAACGGCAACUCCAUGCCCUCGGUGCAAGUUGCUUUGCGCCUCAUGGCCAAGGGUAAACACGUCAAGGCAAAAGAUGUCAUGAGCUUCAUCAUCACUGGAGAGUCUUCUGGAUCUGCCGAGAAUGCAGCCAAAAACGCCUACCCGGUCGAUGAAGUCCUGAAGCCUGAUAGCGGACUGAAGCCAGAUAUCGACUACUACCUCCACAAACAGAUUCUGCCACCGGUGGAGCGUCUCUGUGCGCCCAUUAGCGGAACAAAUAUCACGCUUCUUGCUGCCUGUCUUGGGCUUGAUACGUCUAAAUAUCGCGUCAGCACAGUUUCUGGAGGUGCGCAACAAGAGACCGAGAUCCACCCUCUGGAGUCACAGAUCCCAGACUCCGUACGCUUCCAAUCCUGCUCGCCGCUUUGGCUACGCUGUCGAACCUGUACAACUGUCUUCCCCUUCCAGGGUCUCUCCCCGACUUCACCAACCACAGCGUCGUUACAAACAAUCUCGCACAGUGGGAUCCAGUGUCCUGCUGAAGGCUGUGGCAUGACCUUACAAAACAUCAGUGUAGUAGCACAGCUAGAGUCUGCAAUUCGCCAGGUCGUCGCCUCCUACUACGCGGGAUACGUUCUCUGCGAUGACCCACAAUGUUCGAACCGCACACGCAGCAUCUCCGUCUAUGGCCACCGAUGCUUGGGUCCUAAGGGCCUCGCUCGGGAUUGCUUGGGCAAGAUGACUUACGAGAUCAAAGAACGCGACGUAUGGAAUCAGCUUCUGUACUAUCAGUCUCUUUUCGACGCUGAUCGUGCGGGCAAGAUGGAUGGUGGUAUCAAAUCCGAGGAUAUGGAGAGAAGAGAGAAGAUCAAAGUGUUGGCUGAAGUUAACAGAGAGAGAUUUGAUACGCUGAAGGGUGUUGUUGAGAAAUGGUUGGAAAAGAACGGAAGGCAAUGGGUACAGAUGGAUAGCUUGUUUUCCUUUGUGCCCAAGGCAUGAUGAAUGGCCUCGAUGUAUGCUUGGAUACCAAUAACUGUUUUCAUAUGCAUCGUAGAUGAUGAGGUUCGCAUACGGUAGGAUGUUAGCAUGUUACGAUUUCGCUCAGUUGCAUAGUGUAGCACUUUUUUGAAUCAACGAAUCUUGCAAUCACGGC